UGUGCACACAAUAUUAGGAACAAAAAUGGCGGAAUCCAGCCGUAGGAAUAAAGGGCGAUCGAGUAAUAGAGAUGAUUAUGACAGUAGUAGCAAUAGCAGCCAAAGCAAUUCCGAUGUUAGCAACGAUGCCUUUGCUGUUUUGUACAAGAGACCGGUGAAUUCAUUUGCCAAUGACGGCAGCUUCUUAGAGAAAUUCAGAAAGAUGCAGGAAGCCGCGCAACCACCCAACAGCUCCAAAGACGGCGAUUCCACUCCAAAGACCGAAGAUUCCAGUUCAAGGGACGAGCCUUCUUCGACAGAAUCGUCUACGAAGAAAAGGGCACUUCCUUUCGUGGGUAGAAGGAGGGGUGGCAAAGUUCUAAAGACGGGCAUUGUCCAGAAACCCAAGACUGAGGAGGAGGAGGAGCCUGCCCCCAAGGAUGCCUGGGCACGCUACCUGGCCGAAGUGCGCAAGUACAGGGAGAUGUCCUGCGACGACGAGGAGAAAACUCGGCCCCUCGUCAAGUGAUGAAAUUGUGGUCGUUCUUUUUGUACAUAUCCAUUGCCGGCAUACUGUCCCCCCACAUUAUAAAUGGUCCGGCACUGCGCUAGAAUAAAAGGCUUUCCGACGAAGGAUGCCACAUUCACAGGAGUGCAUUCCCCUAUGUGUUGACUGUUGGCCGUGUUUAUCUGCGCCACCCUCAAGAGGUUAUGUGCGAGGGAGAUUCAAAUAAAAGUUUAGGCUUUAACAGGAGAGAGAAAGAAAAAGAAUGAAAAACAAAAACACUCCGGGAAGAGGGGAGGACUGAACUUUGUGGUCACUUCAUGUGUCCAAGUUACACUGUCAUUUAUAUUUGAAUCUCCCUCUUGAUUAGGCCAAGCUGAAACAAAGGACUUGCCUCUAAAUGCAGACAGAACUGAACACAAGUGGUUUGUGUUAUUUCUAACCGGAGUUAUUUUGUGGCUUCAUUGUGCCCUUUCCCCAAUCCAUUACCAGCCAUUUUGGUGUACGUGUUGACUGAGUAUUCCCAGAUGGUUCUCAAGAGUAGAGGCUUUGUCUUUGGAAGAAACAAAGCAGGUCACACAAACAGCUCGCAUGGCGUAUCACACAAGUACCAAAUGGCUUAUCACGAGUGUCGAGUAACAUUUUUGCAAGAAUGAUGUACAACAGUAAAACAGCUGUAAGUCAUGUUAAACUAUCCCUUGUUUCAGUCUUUCAUCUGUCAAGCAAUGGCACUGACUUUGCUCAUGGUUGGCAGUGUUCAAAUAUCAUAGGUGACUUGUCAUUCAAUCAUUUUGUAAAUUUUCAUUGAUGUGAAUUUUUUGUGCAACUCUUCUGCCAGUAAAAAAACUUACAAGGAAAAGGAAAAGUUUUCUUCUCAUCAGUAAAAAGUUUAGCCCAGGAUGAACAGCUGUGUGUGCAUUGCAUUCUAUGUGAAUUGUAUGAAUACGAAUAUGUUCGUACGUGUUGUGUAAAACAUUGUACGUACAUUUUGACCCUCGAUGAGCUUAAACUAGGGCUUGUCGAAGCAGUGUUUGCAUUCUGCUACAGAUAAAGUAGCGAGAUUAAUAUACUUUAUGCUAGAGUACUUAAGUUCGGCAUAUUGCAGCCAGCAGUGCAUCGUGACUGUAUUUUACACGCAACAACAAAUGCAUGUUUCUUCCUCUACUUUGAGGAGUAUAACUUGGUUUGCCUAAAAGGCCAUAUGUUGACAGGAAGUAGAGCAAAAUGUUACGGUGAAGGAUGUUGCAUGUUCACACAAACUUUGCACUUUGAAAAUGUACAAAAACUCAAUAAAGGAAGCACCUAGA